AUGGCGAUGCCAAUGAUUAGCAGGGAAGGAUGCGGCGGCGGCGGCGGCGGGCACUACUCUCCUCCGUCGUCGUUCAGGCACAUGCUCAAGUCCUCCAUCUGCUGCUUCACCCCCGUGGGCCACCACCCCCACGAGAUCCUCGACCCCGAAGGGGAUGACGAUUAUACAGAUAAGCCGGCAGUGAGGUCGAGCUGUGACCUCGAGAUCCGGGAAAUGUGCCGCCGCGGGUUCGCGGGGAGGAGAUCCGGCGGCGGACGCAACCGUAGGCGCUACAGAUCCGAGGAUUUCAGGUACGAUCCGGCGAGUUACUCGUUGAAUUUCGAGGACGAGGCUCACCGGGAGGACGAGCUGGCGCUCAGCGGCUUCGCCGCCAGGCUGCCGGCCACUCCCGACAGGUAUUCGGUGGCGGAGAGCUGGAAGGGCAGCAAGGCUCCGUCGGCGGCGGAAGGAGGUCGGAGGAGGGAGGUCACUGUUUGGAGUUGA